ACCAGGUGUAGAUGAAGAGGAUGCAUAUGCAGAUGAAAUUCCUAGUAUGGUUAUUAAUGCUGAAGAGUUGCAGAAAGUAGAUGAAAUAUCAUCAGCAGCAAAUUCAGCAGCACUAAUUCAAGGCAGCAGGGCUUCAGCAGCACCAUGUCCAAGCAGCAGUACUUCAGAUAGAGUAUCAUCAGCAGCAAAGUCAGCAGCACCAAUUCAAGGCAGCAGGGCUUCAGCAGCACCAUGUCCAAGCAGCAGUACUUCAGAUAGAGAGCCCCUUGUUUGUGACAAGUCUUCAAAACCUCAAAAUGAACUAGUCAACUAUUUCACAAAAAUGCCACAGAAAAGUCUUAAAGAGCUACAAAUGGAGUUCUACACAGUCUCUAUACAUAUAUAUAAAUGA